AUGACCCAUGAGUGCGAUAAUCUAGCCUCCGCUACAUCAGACCCAGACUCAGUUUCUACCCUUAUACAGACUGAACUAGAUAAGGGAUUUAUUAUUGGCCCUUUUGUUGAAUCACCUUUUGACAUAUAUAGAGUCAGCCCUAUAGGCUUAGCGACGGGCAAAUUCAAUAAUAAAAAGCGAUUAAUUUAUGAUUUGUCUGCCCCCUAUUCUUCUACAAUCCCGAGUCUUAAUGCACUUAUUCCCGCCGAUGAAUUUGCCCUUAAGUAUUCUUCUGUCGACGAGGCCAUAGCUAUCAUAUUGAGCCUGGGGCGGGGAGCUUGGUUAUCUAAGGCGGACAUAUCUGAUGCCUUCAAGCUCCUCCCAAUCAUGCCUCAACAAUGGCAAUGGCAUGGUCUUCGCUGGCGGAACUUGUACUAUUUCGCUACCAAGCUAACCUUUGGUGCACGCAGCAGUCCAUGGUUAUUUAACCGUUUUGCUUCAGCUCUCCACUGGAUACUGGAAAAUCGGUUUGAGUGUAAUCACGUCAUUCAUUAUCUCGACGAUUUUCUGUUAAUCGAGUCUCCCAAUGCCUCGCCCAGGGAUCUACAGGUUCUCCGAGCAGUCUUUGACUCUCUCGGGGUCCCAGUGUCUCCCGCUAAAACAGAAGGUCCCUCCAGGGUCAUCACAUUUCUAGGCAUUGAGCUCGAUUCUCAGAAAAUGGAAGCCAGACUUCCUGAAGCUAAACUCGUGAGGAUUAGAACCGCCAUACAUAGGCUUAGGGAACGCCCCUACAUUUCCAAGGUUGAGUUACAAUCCAUCCUGGGGAUGUUAAAUUUCGCUAUGCGUAUCAUCCCCCAGGGACGCACUUUCAUAUCUCGCCUCUUGGCCUUAUUACCGUCAGCCUCUGAGCAAAGUAGUCUAAUACAUCUAGAUUGCCAAGCUUUAGCAGAUUUAGCUAUGUGGGAGUCGUUUUUGCACAAUUGGAACGGCAUUUCAUUUUUUAUCCCUAGCAUUGGGAACGAAUCGCCCAUGGUUUUUUCCGACGCUGCCUCUUCAACGGGUUUCGCUGCUAUCUGGGGCAAUCAUUGGUUCGCCGGCCCUUGGCCACCCGAGAUCACCCAGAUUGAAGGCUUCAUAAGGAGUUCGGCAGCCUUUGAACUGUACCCGAUAGUAGCCGCUGCUCAGUUGUGGGGUCCAGCUUGGAACAGGACCACUGUUCUUUUCGUGUCCGAUAAUGCCGCUACCGUAGAUAUUCUACUGAAGGGUAGGUCUAGAUGCCCUAUCAUCAUGAGUUUAGCUAGACGAUUAGUUUGGCUAUCCCUACAUCAUACAUUUACUUUCACAUGUGCUCACAUUGGAGGUAUCCAGAAUAUUGCUGCAGAUGCCUUAUCUAGGAACAACCUCUCACAUUUCUUUCAGGUGAUGCCGGAAGCCGAUUCCAUAGGGGCGCAAGUUCCCCCGUUCCAUUCACUAGUCAUGAAUUGA